AUGGAUUUGGAGGAUAGUGGGGGUGACAUUCCUUUUGAUGACUCUGAUUAUAAGCCAGUGGAAGAAGGUUAUCAUGGGGUGAGGGAAUUUGUUGUGAGUUUGCAGAGCUUAUCAAAUCUGAUGAGCUUGGAAUACCUGUCUCUUGACGGAGUGAACAUCUCUGUAAGCAAAGAGUGGGGUGGAGCUGUUGGCAGUCUGUCCAACCUUCAACAACUCAGCAUGUCUGAAUGUGGGCUUGGAGGACCAAUUCCCAAUUCCCUUCUCAACCUCACCUCUCUCCUUCAUCUCGAUCUCUCACACAACUAUUUGUCAGCACUAAUACCAGCUUGGUUUGAAAAUGUGAGUGCCCACUUGCUCUCACUUGAUCUCUCUUUAAAUGAGAAUCUUGGAGGAGACGUUUCUUUCAUUGGACAACAAAAGUCUUCGUCACUAACCAGCAUUGAUCUCUCAGAGACAGACAUUAAGGGCCGAAUUCCAUCUGGUAUAUGGAAUAUCUCAUCCUUGAAGCAUCUUCGUCUGUCAGCUACCAGAAUUGAAGGUGAGAUCCCAUCUGCCAUAGGGUAUUUGUUGUCAUUGCAAGGUUUUGAUCUAUCAGGUACCAAAAUCAAAGGUGAAAUUCCAUUUGCGAUAUGGAAUAUGUCGUCUUUGGAGGAUCUUUCUCUCGACGAUACCAGAAUUGAAGGUGAAAUUCCAUUUGCCAUAGGGAAUAUGUUGUCCUUGCAAAGCCUUUCACUGGCGAAUAUCAGAAUUCAAGGUGAGAUUCCAUUUGCUAUAGGCAAUGUGUCGUCCUUGAAGUGGCUUCUUCUGUCUAAUACUGGAAUUGAAGGGUCAUUGCCAUCUAGACUAACAUUACCCAAGUCUUUUGAAUCUCUAGAUUUGCACAAUAAUAGCUUGGAAGGUGCUCUUCCUCUCCCUCUUGCUGGUGCUGAUCUCCUGGAUCUGUCGAUGAAUCUUCUUAAUGGUUCUAUUCCUACUGACAUUGGUGCAUAUCUUCAAAAUACAGAGUUCUUAUCCUUGUCGAGGAAUAAUCUCAGUGGAGUGAUUCCAGACUCAAUUUGCACUUCAGAUUUGCAGAUUCUUGACCUUUCAAAAAAUAUGCUAAGCGGUAUGAUUCCUCCUCAUUUCACAAGGAAUUGUUCAUCUCUAUGUGUUCUAGAUUUGGCAGAAAAUCAUCUAAAAGGUAAAAUGCCAGCAAAAUUGGGAAACCUGAAAGAGAUUCAUACAUUGAAGCUCAAUGGUAAUCAUUUGAGAGGACAUAUUCCCUCGUCCAUUUCAAAAUGCCAAUCUCUGCAAGUAUUGGAUUUGGGAAAUAAUGAUCUGGAAUGCACCCUUCCCUACUGGAUUGGAAAGCUAUCACAACUGCACGUGUUGGUGUUAAGGUCCAAUCAUUUGCAUGGCAGUAUCCCACGCCGGGUAAUUGGCCUUCCAAAUCUUCAAAUUCUGGACCUUUCUCGGAACUACUUUUCAGGACCUAUCCCGAGAAACCUUCCAAACCUGCUUGCAAUGGUCAAUGCAUCACAGGAUAAUUCAAACCAUCUCGAAGAAUACAGUUCAACUAGUGCUACGUAUACAAAUCAGAUUACAAUUUCCUGGAAAGGUUCGGAUGUUGAAUUUGUUAAAGUUCUUUUCAUUCUUAAGUGUAUUGAUCUUUCAAACAACAACUUAUCUGGGAGCAUUCCUCCCAAAAUGGGAUCCCUUCAAGGCUUGAUAGCCCUUAAUCUUUCAAGGAAUCAUCUCAGUGGACAAAUCCCAAAAACAUUGGGACGCAUGGAUCAGCUAGAAUCUCUGGAACUCUCGCUAAACAGGCUGAAUGGCAGCAUUCCAUUAGAACUUCAGUUGUUGAGUUAUUUGCAGUUCUUGAAUCUAUCCUACAAUAUGCUUGAUUGA